CCACGCUCUCUCUUUCCCCUUGCCUCCACUGCCUCUCUCCCCUCUUGGUCUCCCUUCCCUUUCCUCGCGGCGAGCCGGCGACGACUGGGCUAGCGGCGGCGCCACCACCCGCCACGUCUUCGCCGGCGACGAGCGCCCACCAGGUGCUCCCUUCCCUUCCCGUGUGCGAACCGGAGCACCCCGCGCCCUAAAUGUAAGCAAGCUACGAUCUGCAUCCGGAUCUGGGUCGGUCCGCCCCUGCGUGCUGCCCAAGUGAUCCUGCUACGCGGGGUUCUCGCGCGGGAUGAGCGGCCCGGGGUUCGGUCCGGGGAGCCCCAGGUCCUUCCGCUACUCCGCCAGAGGCGGCGGCGGCGACUUCGACCUCGAGUCCGGGGUCUCCCGCAAGGCCCGCAGGCCCAAGACCCCGCACCUCGAGCCCUCCGUCGCGAUGCGGGCCCGCCACUUCUACGAGGCGCACCCCGUGGCCGUCGCCGCCGCCCUGCUCUCCGCGGGCCUCGCCGUCCUGGUCCUCCUCUCCGUGCACGAGACCCGGGCCCGGGCGGCGAGGCCCGGCGGCGGCGCGUGGGCCGAGGAGUACCCGCUCCCGGGUCUCCGGAACCUCGUCAUGGUGGCCGGCCACUCGGUCUACACCAGCGCGAGCUGCGGGGGGACCGACCGCGAGGAGUCCUGGUUCCUGGAGCCGUACCAGAGGCACCCGGGCCAGGCGGCCACGUUCGUCGCGCACAUCAAGGAGGGCGUGGACGUUGCGGCGAGGGACGAGGGCGCGCUGCUCUUGUUCAGCGGCGGCGAGACGAGGAAGGAUGCCGGGCCGAGGAGCGAGGCGCAGAGCUAUUGGGCGAUCGCCGAGUCCAAAGGCUGGUUCGGGAAUGAUGGGAGUGUAAGGAGCCGGGCACUCACCGAGGAGCAUGCCCGAGAUAGUUUUGAAAACCUCCUGUUUAGUGUUUGCCGUUUCAGAGAACUCACUGGAAGAUACCCGCAAAACAUAACAGUCAUAAGCUAUGACUUCAAGGAGGAACGGUUUGCGCAACUGCACAGAACCGCACUCGGAUUCCCAGAAGGAAGAUUUUUCUUCUUAGGUACCCCAGCAACACCUGCCGCAAGGGAGGCCGCUCUGAAAGGUGAAGCUGCCGUCAGGGCUCAGUUCCUGGAAGAUCCAUAUGGAUGCCUAGGCUCUCUCCAUGUGAAGAGGCUCAAGAGGGACCCAUUUCACCGAACCAUUCCAUACCCUGAUGGUUGCCCGGAGUUGAAGAGCCUGUUCUCCUAUUGUGGCUCAGUGCCUUUCUCUGGGCACCUCCCUUGGACAGAAUAGUUGCAUGCAUGAAGGAUCAGACUCCUGCCCCUCCACGAUUCCAACAUAUAGAGCACUUGCAAUGUGCCAAUGACCUUGUUCUGAACUGACGGGGAAGACCGGAAGGGAAUAUUUACACUAGUGACAAUUGUUUUUUUGCAAAAUAGAAGCAAUGUUACAUGAUCAGUAUAUAGAUUUUCCUCUUCUUUUUUUCUUGUUUCCUGCCUGCCUGCCUCCUCUGUUGUACCACGUGUUAUGUAGAGAGAACUUUCCUUGUAGCUGAACCUGCGCCUGUUGUGAUAAUCUGGGUAUACCAUGAACAUGGGUACUAAUUGAUAUCCUGCCGUUUUUGCACUA